CUUCCAAGGCUUGCCGCUCGUAGCUCUGCUUUUCCCGGCAAGCGAGACUCUAGUACGUCAAACAGGUGUUCUACGGAUAGUACGCCAACUACGACAGAGUUGUCAGUAUUAGGAGUUAAUGCAAAAGCCUGGUGUCGACACUGUGACCGCUCACUUCCACUUCCCCAAUGCGACCUUGUCCCAAUCUCGACAGUCUUCAAGAAUCGUUGGGCGACAUCGUUGCUCUCAGAUCGCCAUGGUAAACGCCCUUGCCGCCAUUGCUCAUUUUUAGUAGCGCCCUUCCUAGCUGCUCACUGGUCAGAGUAUCGUAUCCAUCGAGAACGCUUGGAAAGCGCUGGCAGCGAAAAUGGUUUUGAAUCUACAUAUUUCGCAACGAGAUGCGGUCAAAUGCAACCAGUAAAAAGAGCUCGUCCUCCGCAAAUUGACGCUCACUUAGCAUAA